AUGGGAGAGACGGAGCAGAGCGACGGCGAGCUGCCUCCGCCAACGCGCAACUUGAUGCUGUCUGUCCGCGUGGAGGCGUUCGCGUGCAUCGAGCUGAUCACCAUCGUCGGGGUGGCCGCCUACGUUUUCCUCACGCCGCCUCCCGAGCGCACGCCGCGCAACAUCACCUGCCUGGACCUGAGCUGCUUCAACCUGGGCCAGGAGCUGUACACGGCCAUGGACCUGCGUUCGAACCCCUGCGACGACUUCUACCAGUACACGUGCGGCCGCUGGGCCCAAAACCACCCCGAGUACGAGGACCAGUUCCGGUACCUGGAAGCACGUGUGUACCGGACGGCCAACGACAAGCUCCGCGAACGCUUGGAGAAGCUCCCUCCGCCAGACAAGCCGCUCUCGGGCACGGACAAGGCGGCUCUCAGCUACCUGGCGUGCGUCGAGGUGCAGACUCGGCACAUCGACGUGCCCUGGAAGAUCACCGAGCUCCUCUUCAUGCGGGCCAGGGGAGAGGACGGCAGCGGAAGCGGAUCCCUGCUCGAGCCGACCACGGGCAAGCUGGCCACCCGAUACGCGGCUCUCCGCCUCCUGAUGUCGCUGGCGCUCGAUCUGGACAUCGACGUACUCUUCAAGAUACUGCUGGCUCCCGACCCGCGCACAGAUAGCAGGCGCAUCGUGAGCGUCGCGCACAGCGAGUCGCUUCUCAAGUGGAAGCGACACCGCGAGCAGCUCAUGACGCCCGCUGCCACGGCCACCUGCAUCCGCGAGUUCGUCAACGUCCUGUCCACGGAGCACGCGCUGCGCGCCCACCUGGCCGCCGCGCUGGUCAAGAUGGACGCCGAGGUCAGCACCAAGAUGGCGGCCGCCGCAGCCAUGUCUCUCGGCGGGGGCGUUUUCGUCACGUUCGCGCAGUUGCCCGCCUUAGAAGCGGCUAUGGUGGCGCCCCCUGCCACCGCACCCGGUGCGACCAAAGAGGCCGGUCACGCUUCGGACCCCAACGCAAAACCCGCAACGCCCUCUACUAGCGGAGACAAAGCGACUGGAGGCGGCGGUGAUAAGAAAGGUGGCGAGGCGGCGAACCCGUGGCUGGCAGCCUUCAACGCUGCUCUUGGCGACAAGGGCAACGUGACGGACGACGAACCGCUGUUCGCGGCGGACCCGCGACUCUUCUCGCUGGUGCGCGAGGUGCUCGACCAGUACCCGACGAGCCACGUGCGCUACUACACCGCAUUCCACGUGGUGCGCCAUCUGGCGCCGUUCACCUCGUACCGGCUGGUGGAAUCCCUGUUCUCGCCCGACAACAAGACGGCCGCCAUGGUUUACUAUGCGGACGCAUGCGCAGCGGCUGCAAGUCGGCUUACUUCAUUCGCCCUGGCCAGCUACGUGUUUCAGGACCUGGUGCCGAAAGAGCGAGUACAGGCGGCGUACGACCAUCUCGACGCGCUGAAGAACCGGACGGCCGCCGUGGCCAGCUCGUGGCUCGCGCAGCCGGACCAGCGCUGGGCCCUUCAGAGACUGAACUCCCUCAAGAGCAUGGUCGCCUGGCCCUCCCGCUUCAACGACUCGACCGGCGCCGCCGUGGACCAGUUCCUGGCACACCUCCCUGACUUCCAGGGCUACUACGUUGAGAUCUACGUGGACGCCGUCUCGGCCAUUCGGAACCGCGAGAAGGCUCAGCUCCUGGACCGGACCCCGGGCUCCAAGGAGAAGAUCGCCCGCGAGGAGGACGGACCUUUCCCGGGUAUGCGACCCACGAUUCGCUACAGCGCCUGGUACGGCAGCGUCUUGGUCUCCCCCAGCGCAGUGCUCCAGCCGCUGUUCUUCAACGGCAGCGACCCGCUGAGCAUGGGCGCCUUCGGACACCUGGCGGCUCACGAACUCUGGCACGCCGCAUUGGGCGAGGUGCCCCUGGGGGUCGCGCCCCAGUCCGACCUGACCCUCGGCGACGAGCAACUCAAAAGGCACCAGUGCGUCGCCGACAUCUACACCAAGGCCGGAGCCGCGAAAGGGGACGCCGCCAAGGGUUCCUCCGAGAACGUCGCCGACGUCGUCGGCCUCGAGGUCGCCUACGCCGUCUACCGCGAGGGCAACGGAUCCUCGUCAGGCUCGACAAGUAGCGGCGACGGCGGCGCGAACGUGACCGACGUGACGGGCUUCACGGCACAGCGCCUGUUCUUCAUCGCGUCCUGCCUCAAGUGGUGCGCGGCGACGCCCGACGCACUGUCGAAGACGUCGCUGGGGUACGCGACGCCCAGGCUCAGGUGCAACGUGCCCGUCGCCAUGUUGGACGGAGCGGCCGGGUUCACCGAGGCGUUUGGCUGCAAGGCCGAAAGCAAGAUGGUCAAGAUGGCGGCCGGUCCCAACUGCACGGCCGUCGAGGAGAUGCCACUACAGCCGCCCCGGGCCUACAACAUUACCGGAUAGCGCCUCGAGAACGGGAAUGCAGGGGAUCUGUGGCGUCGGGGUCGGCGAUAGACGCCUUGCCCCCCUAUAGGACUAUAUGUUUGGCUGGCGACGUCAGUGGACAAUUGUUUGCGUCAUCUACUCUAACGGCGCCUUGAAGGCGAGGUUUGUUGCGGCAGCUUGCCAUCAGUACGGACGUGUUCCACUAAGGUUUACGAUUCGUUAUCGCGGAGUGGCGCGCAUCAGGAAAGUGCUCCAUUGGCUCGCCGCUGCAACCAACUUGAUGCGACCUGACGACGUGCAAGGUCGCGCCUUAAUGUGCGACGGAGCGUAGGCGCAGUUGUUCGGACUGACGCGGGCGCCGCCGCACGCCUUUUUCGCGACUCUUUGGGAGUGGUUACGUUUGCUGGCGAGAUUAAAGUUGCUUUUGUUUUGGAGUCGCCAGAGAUUUAUCGCGCGAAUCUGCGUCAACUCCGAAGAAUCGUCUUUAAUUGUCGCUCGAAAAAAAAAAUGCAGAGGGAGGCAGUACGGCAAGGAAGACCGCCGAUUGUAAUCGAAUUUAUUAUUCUGCGAACUCCGAUCGCUCCCACAGCACGUGCUGACAGACGUCGCUUUUUUUUUAAAUCUUUUGGCUCUUGACCGGACGGUAAACGAAUGGGUUAGACUGCACAAACCAGGUAUUCGUAACAGGCGAGACAAUGUGACGUGGCGCUCGGACAGCUAGCUCUCGUCAGAGAGGUCCCUCCAAUGGUUCGGCGUCUCGCUACAGCGCCGUGCAGAAAUUAACACGAAGUAGGUUUUAAGCUGUAUCAGUGCGCGUGCGUGCCAUGUGACUCUACUCGGUUCAAUUGUAGGUCUAUACUUACUGACCUUUAUGACAAAGUUUCCGGGUUGCCGUUAUCCCAGCUUGGCUCCUCUUAAAUUGUGCGAGCAACUGAAAAUACAUCGCCAACGUUCGGCCAUUAAAAAAAAUCAGUGCCAUUCCACUCUGUGAAGGUGGAUGACCAGCGAAGCUGUGUAUGUGGUAUUUGACCGUUGUUCCAGGUGAAACUUUCAAAGUUUGCGGUACCGGUACUAUACCGGUAGCA